AUGCCACCCCGCCUAUCCAUCCUCGACCUCCCAGGCGAAGUCCGCAACAUAAUUUACCGGCACGUCCUCCUCAGCGCAAACCCCAUCAUCCCGGACCUCCCCAUAACAGGACUCCCCUCCAACUUCUUCCGCACAAACAAACAAAUCUACCACGAAAGCCGCUCAAUCUACUACAGCCAAAACUGCUUCGACCUCCUCAGCCUCCGCCCCGAGGCGCCACUCUCCUUCCUCACGCGAAUCGGCCCGCAAAACGCAUCCUGGAUCGAGAACCUCAUGGUCCCAUUCCCCUCUUUCCUCCAACAGGGAGAGGGGGAAGGGGAAGAGGUCACGAUUGACAGUGCCAGCGCUCAGAUCCUAGAUAAAGUGCAGAGUGCUUGUCCGAGGUUGAAGACGCUCGCCCUGUGUCCGGGGAUCGGUUUUCGGACUGCGGAGGAAGAUCCUGAUGCGGAGUUUAUUUGUCAGGGAGAUCAUCAUGUGAAGAUGAUGGAGAUGGUUGCUUCUCGGGUUCGAAUGAUUUCGACCGAGUUGGAGGUUGAGUUUAGACUUUAUUUGAGUUGUGACUGUGUGACGCAGGGGGACUUCAAGGCUUUGCUUGAUGAGUAUGGGUGGAAGGUCAACAUUAUUGGGGAGAAGUUUUCUCAUGAGAGUGAUCAGUACCUUGAGAGUGAUUCUGAGGAUGGUCCUGAUUAUGAUGAUGAUGAAUACAACAUUGAGAAUAACAGCGACUAUUAG